AUGAUGGCUCGGAUGGUCGCUGCUCCGAUAUCUGCUGGCACGCGACACCUGGUAAGACUCUGGUACUUCCCAUACCAGACCGUGAUCGGCGGCUUGAAGAUUUAUGCCGUGUUCACGCUUCUGCAGGACGUAAACAUGGAGCUCUUCUGGAUGUCCCCUGGUCUCUGCCUGGUUCUGAUUCCCAUCGGGUUUCUGGCAGGUGUGCUGUCGAUGGACAGCCCAUCUGACCUGGCCCUGGCAUUCAACAUCUUCGAAGAUCCCCGCGUCAGCAACGGUUUGAUGAAAAUACAGGCUUAUGCCGUCCUGAUCUUGCACAUGAUUCCAAUGCUCUUGCAGGGAUCCCCACAAGCUGUGGCGCAGAAUUUGGCGUUCAACGCGCUCGGGUUCUUUAUGGUACUGGACCCACUUCUGGAUGGUGCAGAAACGCUUGAACAAGUCUUCGGAACGUUCACGAUCCUGGGCUUGGCACGAAGUUGCAUGGGCAAUGUGCAUCUGACUCAUGCGAUAUGCGUUGGGGUCCUCAGCAACAUGAUUGAGGGCAUCGUCGUUCGAGUUCUCCUACGUACCCUCGAUGCUGGGUUGCGAGUCCCGCCUCAGGGGCGAUUGGGGGUCGGUGAUGAGAAGUUCCUGACGGGUGCCUCCCCGUAUGCCCUGCAGCAGGUGCUUGACCUCACCCGAUGCCGCGAGGGAAGAGCUGCCCUGCGCCAUGCGCUGCACACGCUCAGGCGUAGGCUCGACCGCAGGGAGCAGGCGGUGGCGCAGUUCCUGUUUCUCCACUACUGCGCCGUCCAGCACAAAAUGGGCAGUGCCCCCCUGGCUCGUAUCCUAGAUUUCGCCGCCGAGUCCAAUGAAGGCUCAGCCGAACCGCGCCACCGCGCUAACGUUCUAACAGUGCCAAGCUUCAAAGGCUCAGGAGAGCCCUCCAGCUCUGAGCCGGAGGGCCACCCAGUAACCGCAGUGAAGGAGUGGGUUGCGUGUGAGUCGCUUUCUGAAAAGCAAGGCAGUCGUACCUUAGUCGCACCGCAGCCUUUCGACCCCAUGCCCAUCACCAACAGCGGAGCCCCUCCGACGGACGGCCAUAGCCUGGGCACAGUCAUCUGCAUGCUCAUCCUCGAUGCUGUCCUGUACCAGGUCUUAGCAUGGUACAUCGAGAAAGUGAAGCCCGGAACCCUGGGACUGCCCCAGCCAUGGUACUUUCCCGUCAUGCGCUCCUACUGGUUCCCACCCACAGAG